CCGGACAGGCAUAAAAAACAGCCAGCAUUCUGCAUGUGAACCGCAUUCGGUUGAACACAGAUUUUCUGAUUCUCCACCAGCAAGAACGCUCAAGAUGCUUCAAGUGGUAGCUUUCAUCGCUGGCUGCUGCAUUGUCGCAACAGCCCAAUGUACUUGUCAGGAUGGUACUGUCGACGCCCGGAGAAGCAUUGUUGGACCUGGCUCGGGAAAGCUUUAUCUGGUGAAAUCGACAUGCCAACAAGAUCUAACCUGUCUGUACACGGUUCUUCCACCGGUCAACACUCGGUGGCCGGCACCCUAUCCUUUCGGGUUCAAGAACACUACAACCGGUCAAUGGGUAAAGGUAACGACCGGGACGGUUGAUGGCCAAGGCUCAAACGCUAUUGACAGUGAUUCAGGGUUUGGCGAAACUAAUACCACACUGCUUUACUCCGACUACAAGAACUGCGCUGUUGGACUUUUCCAUGGAGGAAAUGUUAAGGAUGGACCACAUCCGGAACUCUUUAAGUACAGCGCCGGCGCAGACGACAGCCAGGCUCUUCAGUGCUGCGAAGAACGCUUCGCAGAGGAACUUCAAAGGCAGGCCAAAACAGCAGCUGAUGUUAUUGAGGUCAACAAGGACUGCGUUUAUCCUGAAUAGACUUCCGAGUAAAACUGUCCUGCGACGACAGGUCAAAUAAAUAUUCCAGCAUUUUUAA